GAUGUUGGGGUUCACUCUCCUGAGGGAGGGGGCGGCUUGGAAAAAGCCUAAAGCAGGACACGGCACCCUUCCAAAACCGGGGAAUUGUCCCCCUUUGGAAAACAAUAGUGUGAGGGUUGACAUUCGCAUCCUCAGUCAAAAACAGGGAGUUCCCAUCACACAUGACUUCCAGAAUCGCUCCAUCUCCCCAUGGGAUUACAACAUCACCCGGGACCCCCACCGCUUCCCUUCGGAGAUCGCAGAGGCCCGCUGCAGGUACUCAGGCUGCAUUAAUGCCCAGGGGGAGGAAGACAACUCCAUGAACUCCGUGCCCAUCCAGCAAGAGUUCCUGGUCCUCCGGAGGGAGCCUCAGGGCUGCUCUCAUUCCUUCCGGCUGGAGAAGGUGCGGGUGACAGUUGGAUGCACCUGCGUCACGCCCAUCGUCCGCUACGCUUCCUGAGAGCUGCCACCAAUUCAGCUGGAGACAUGGCGGGAGUGCACAACUCAUCCCACUUCCCGACCAUGAGUCUUGUUCAAUACCCAACGCCUCCCAUUCCUAACACUUCCUAGGACUUCCAAUUAGACCCAAAUGAAAUUCUGAGUUUUAUAUUAGUUAUGGAUUGAUUAUUGCUUGGGGUGUUUCA